UGCAACAGCGGAAAUAGAAGCGUGGGGCGCAUUUUCUGGUGUAAAUUUCUUCUUCAUACAUUCCAGGAGAGACGCAUUGUCACCCUAGACCGUCCACCUACACCAGCAGCCAUGCCUCGCAUUGAGAACGACAUCAAGCUCGACUUCAAGGAUGUACUCCUGCGCCCCAAGAGAAGUACACUGAAGUCGCGUAGCGAGGUGGACCUUAUGCGCAGCUUCACCUUCAGGAAUUCCAAAGGAAGCUACCGUGGAAUUCCCAUCAUUGCGGCCAACAUGGACACCGUGGGCACAUUUGAAAUGGCCCUCGCUCUGCAUCAGUUCACACUCUUCACCGCCAUCCACAAGCAUUACAGCAUUGACGACUGGAAAGAGUUUGCGGCCAAAAAUCCGGCCUGCGUUCAGAGUGUGGCGGUGAGCACAGGGACGGGCGAGUCGGAUUUCGAGCGUCUGACGGCCAUCUUGUCGGCAGUGCCUGAGCUCCACUACAUCUGCGUGGACGUGGCCAACGGCUACUCCGAGCACUUUGUGCACUUCGUCAAGGAUGUGCGGCAGAAGUUCCCCACGCACACCAUCAUGGCAGGGAACGUGGUGACUGGAGAGAUGGUGGAGGAGCUCAUCUUAGCUGGUGCUGACAUCAUCAAAGUGGGCAUUGGACCAGGCUCUGUGUGCACCACACGGAAGAAGACCGGUGUGGGCUACCCCCAACUAAGUGCCGUCAUCGAAUGUGCAGACGCAGCCCAUGGCCUGGGAGGACAUAUUAUCUCUGAUGGAGGAUGCACCUGCCCUGGUGAUGUUUCCAAGGCAUUUGGCGCGGGGGCGGACUUUGUGAUGCUGGGCGGCAUGCUGGCGGGUCACGAUGAGAGCGGCGGUGAAAUCAUCGAGAAGAGCGGCAAGAAGUACAAGCUGUUCUACGGCAUGAGCUCCGACACCGCCAUGAAGAAGCACGCCGGAGGGGUGGCUGAAUACAGGGCGUCGGAGGGCAAGACGGUGGAGGUGGUGUACAAGGGCCCGGUGGAGGCGACGCUGCGUGACGUGCUGGGCGGCGUGCGCUCCACCUGCACCUACGUGGGCGCCGGCAAGCUGAAGGAGCUGAGCCGCCGCACCACCUUCAUCCGCGUCACCCAGCAGCUCAACACCGUCUUCGGAGACAUCUAGACCAGCUCGACGCACCCCCCGCCCCGACACCCUCAAGACAGAAGGUGCUGGAGAGGGAG